GGCCUUUUUCUCAGUUUUCGGCUCGUCUCUUCGUGUUCAUAUCGCUCUUUGGAGGCUUAGAACGUCAGUACAAUGAGUCAAGAUCAAGCUGAGCAGAAUAUCCAGAUGUGGAAGGUCAAGAAGCUCAUCAAGAGCCUUGACGCGGCCAGAGGCGCUGGCACUUCCAUGAUCAGUCUGAUUAUACCCCCGAAGGAUCAAAUCUCGCGUGCAUCCGCUAUGUUAACACAGGAAUAUGGAACAGCGUCUAACAUCAAAUCGCGAGUCAAUCGACUGUCUGUCCUAGCCGCAAUCACUAGUACACAGCAACGUUUGAAGCUGUACAACCGAGUUCCACCAAAUGGUCUUGUCCUAUUCGUCGGUACCAUUUUAACGGAUGAGGGAAAGGAGAAGAAGGUGUCUUUUGAUUUCGAGCCUCAUAAGCCCAUCAACACAUCUUUAUACCUCUGCGACAAUAAGUUCCACACGGAAGCUCUCUCUGAACUUCUAGAGUCAGAUUCUCGAUUUGGAUUUAUCGUCAUGGACGGCAACGGUACACUUUUCGGCACUCUCGCAGGGAACACCCGCGAAGUCAUUCAUAAAUUCACUGUCGAUCUCCCCAAAAAGCACGGUCGUGGUGGACAAUCUGCCCUGCGUUUCUCGCGUCUCCGUGAUGAAAAACGUCACAACUACAUUCGUAAGGUAGCUGAACUCGCCGUACAGCAUUACAUCACCAACGACAAGGUCAACGUCACGGGCCUCGUUUUGGCUGGUAGUGCCGAUUUUAAAACGGAGCUGGGGCAGAGCGACAUGUUCGAUCUGCGUUUAGCUGCAAAGAUCAUCAAGGUCGUCGAUGUGAGUUACGGCGGCGAAAAUGGGUUCAAUCAGGCUAUCGAGCUUGCCGCGGAGUCUUUGGCCAAUGUCAAGUUUGUUCAGGAGAAAAAGCUUAUCCAACGGUACUUUGACGAAAUCAGUCAAGAUUCAGGCAAAUAUUGCUUCGGUAUCGAUGAUACAUUGAAGGCUCUGGAACUGGGUGCCGUGGAAACCUUGAUCGUCUGGGAGAACCUUGAUAUCACUCGUUAUGUCCUUCGCAACGCUGCCAAUGAGGAGAAUAUUGUUCACGCAAAGAAGGAACAAGAAAAGGACCGUGAAAAGUUCUUGGAUAAGUCUACUGGACUCGAGAUGGAGCAGGCCAUUGAACCUCAACCUCUUCUGGAAUGGUUUGCCGAGAAAUACAAGGAAUUCGGCGCGAACCUUGAAUUCGUCACAGAUCGCUCUCAAGAGGGAGCACAGUUCGUUAAGGGCUUUGGUGGAAUCGGAGGUUUGCUGCGAUACAAAGUCGACUUCACCAAUUUGACGUCGAUCGAUGAGGAGGAAGAUGAGUUCUACUCUGAUGAUGAGGACAUCUGACGGUAUUGUGGGCUCCUUCGUGGAGCCUCGCCCGGGGGUGACGUCGGUUGGGGUACGCCGGGCGAGGUGGAAAGGGAUGCGGUGGAAGGGAAAGGGGUGGAAAGGGAAGGGGUAGGUUCGCCAAGUAUCAAUGUUGGAGGAGGUAUGAAGUGGAUGUUAGGUAUCAAUCAACCACAUGCGAAAGUAGGGGUCGGGCACGGAGUGGUUAUUCGAUCGAGGGCCGUCUCCAUCUGGCCAAUGUUAUUCGAAUUUUUUCGUCGUCGUAGCAGUGAGUACAACGUGAACGAUGGUGUGGGAGGAGUUUGCAGAAGUUCCCUGGUCAGUGCCUUAUGGCACAAAUCUUAUGCUAAUGGAGCAGUUCUCAAGAAGUAGGGUCAAAGCAUGUCUUCAGCCCUGAGCAGAUGGCGGUAGUGCGUGUUUGUAAUGUUGUAUUAUCGUCGUUGAAUGCAUUCUUUGCGCCCG